AUGAAUGAUUCGUAUGAUAUACCGAGUGAGCCUCGUCUCUCCAACAAUCUUCAACUUAGCCGACCACCACCACAAUCAAGAACAAAAAUGAAAUCCAAAAAGAAAUUAUUAUUCACGCCGUCGGAUUCAACACCUAUUUCUCUUGAUCUCGAUGAUACUGUUCCACUUGAUGAUUCAACCAUCGACAUGAAUUCCAACAUUUAUUUAUCUUCGCAAUUCAUUGAAAAUUCCUCAUCAUAUGUAAAUGAAUUAGAUCCACCAAAUAAUCCUUUACCCGAUGAUUUUUAUGCUAUACCUCGUCAAAAAGACCGUCCUAUAUGUGAUACAUAUAAUACUAUAGUAAAUUCUGCUGAAGAUGUUAGUCCAUCGACACCACCAAACGGUUUUGAAAAUGGUCAUAUUUAUGCAACGCCGCCAACAUUUUCGAAAAAUUUUGUUAUUGAAUCAAAUGUAUCAUUUGAUGAUAGUCAAGAUGUUCCAAAUAUUUCACUUGAUUCCGUACCUGAUUUAAUCAAUGACAUUCCAAAUAAAAAUGAUAUUUAUUAUUCUUAUCCUGAGCCGCAAAUUAAUACGCAGCGUCGAAAACUUGCCAAUAAUAAUGGCAAUAACGAUAUGUUUAUUUCAAAAUUGAAUCAAGUUAUUAAACAGCAAGCUGUUCAACGUCAACAAAUUCCAACAUCCAUGAAAAAAGAUGAAACAAAAAAUUAUUACUCGAUAGAACCAAUCGAAGAUAAACCACCAUUAGUUCUACCAUUAAUUGACGAGUUAAUCAAUGCAUCAUUAAAUAAUGAUAAUAUUUCCAUUACAUCAGAUAAAACAACUGAUUUUCUUGAUGUUGUUCGAGAAAAUGCAAGUAAUUGUAAAUGUGCUGAUUGUGAUUGUGAAUAUCCAACAGUUGCAAUUAUGUCUUGGCUUUUCGUUAUAUGUCAAAAAUGUGCUGCUAUUCAUCGUUUUUUAACAUCUGAUUUUCUUCGUUUACAAUCACUUACAACAACAUCAUGUGAUCCUGAUUUAAUUGAUUUAUUACAUGAUUAUGGAAAUGAAUAUUCAAAUAAAUUAUUAGAGAAUCAUUCUUUGGGUAUAUUAAAACCAACGUAUACAUCGACACAACUUGAACGUGAACAGUAUAUUAGGAAGAAAUAUUUAGAUAAAAUGUAUCUUCAACCAUUACAAUUCAAUAGAAUUAAUCUUACACAAGAGCAACUUGAUGCACUGCUAUAUGAAAAUGUAGAAACAUUGGAUUGUGGAAAAACUUUACAUUUACUUAUGCUAGGGGCAAAUCCAAAUUUUUCACAAAAAAUGUUUGCUGUUGCUGAUCAUGCAAAACGUCAUCAACAAAUUAGACAAAUGAAACUUAUUUUAGCUAAUGGAGGCUUAUCUGAAUUCGAUCUGAUGAAAACAAAUACAGAUGAUCUAGAUCUUCAACCGUACGAAACCACAAUUCAUUUAGUAACAAAACAUGGAAUUUUAAAAGAAUUUUUAACUCGUUAUGAAACUGAUCGUAUCAAAAUCUAUUCAAUAACAAGUACAAUUGACAGAAAUAAUCAACAAAAUAUUCGAUAUUUAUUCGAAAUCGAUUUAAAUAAUGUUCUUGCUGUAUGUAAUCAAUCUGUUAAUUCAAUCUCACUAAAAUCACGUUCAACAAAUAUUCCAACAAUAAAUACAAAUAGCCAAUGUACAUUAAUUGUUGACGAACAAACAUCAUUUAAUGAGUAUGUUUGGAUAUUUCCAAACGAAAUUGAACGUGCCCUAUGGAUACGUGAAUUAUUAAAACGACAAUAUUCGUAUCAUCAAUUAAUUUAUUCCGAUUUUAUUUUACUAACAAAAUUAAAUGUACAAGAAGGUAUUAAUGCCGAAAAACAACAAGUUAUUGCAGUCGUGUAUCCAGGAAGAUUUGUUAUUUGUUCAGAUACAAUAUUUGAUCAAGUUGAUUUAAGAAAAUACUGUAGUUUAACUCAUCAAAAAAGUGAAGAAUUUACAGGGGCUGUUCUUUGUCUUGUCUCAAAUCGUUUUCUUUAUUUAUCAUCGCCAAUAUCAAAAUUAUCUGAUAUGUUAUAUUCAUGUCUUCGAGAGGCAACUAAAGUUAAAACUUUAACAGAUUUAAGUUGUCAAAUAUUAACAUCCCAAAAUGUACCUGUAAUUGUUGAAAGAUUAAUUAAUUUUAUUUUCGAACAUGGCUUAGAGAGCAAAGGUGUUUACCGUCAAGCUGGACAAGAAACAAGAAUAAAACAAUUAUUAAACGAAUUACUUGAAGAUCCAUUUACAAAUUCAUUAACUCGGGAAAAUUAUACUGAACAUGAUGUAGCCAGCGGUUUAAAACGUUUUCUACGUCAAUUAGAAACUCCUUUAUUGGGCACACGUCAAAAUUAUGAUGCGUGGUUACGUUCAACAGUUGAUUCUAAUAUACCCACUGAACAACUUAUUCAAUACUAUCGUGGUUUACUUGUUGAUUUAAAACAUAAUUAUCCAAUACAUUAUGCAACAUUACGGAAAAUGUUAUUACAUAUUCAUACUGUUUCUAUGUUAUCGAAUCGAAAUGGAAUGGUUCUAUCGAAUCUCGUUUCAACAUUUGCACCGUGUAUUAUAUCUCAAGCGCUUGCACCUCCACCGCCGCCACCACCGCCUCUCGUCAAUACCAACGCUGGGGAGACACGGGAACGUCGCGGGAUGUCCUUAGAUGAUAUCGAUAUGAAAUAUUCAAAAAAGCAAGAAGAUAAUAUUUCGUUAUUUAAUGAUGAAACACAAGACUCGAUUGGUCUUCUAAUGAAUACGUCUACACCAGCAAAACUUAAACGAAAUCAAUCCCUUCAGUCUUCUCGUGCUUCGAUGAUUUCAGUAUCGCCGCCGUCACAUUUUCCACUAUCAUCAUCGUAUGCUCGUGUAACACCAUCCAUCCAAGCGGACCUUGAAAUAAUGAAUAAUCUUUGUCAAUACUAUCGUGAACUAUUUGAUGUAACCAAUGAUGAAAUUGAUCAUGAAAAAAAGUGUGUUGAAGCAUUAAUAUCACUACGAAAUAAUCAAUGUCAACCACGUAAAUUAGAUGGUACCAUGGUUUCAGUCUAUUUUGAAUCACGUGCUGAUGAAUUAAAUGGCUAUGCAAUAAAUAUUCUCGAGCAAGAAACAACAGCUAAUCAUGUUAUUGAUAAAUUAUUAAAACAAAUUAAUAAACAUGACUGUUUCUUUUGGGCGUUGUUUGAAGUUAUUAUAGAUCAAAAUCUUGAACGACCAAUGUAUUCAUCAGAAAAUAUAUCUAGUGUUUUAAAUCGUUAUCGAACUUAUUUACCACAGGAAUUGAAUCGACAAGCAACAUUUGUCGUUAAACUUAAUUAUGUGCAAUUUGAAAAAGAACGUCUACAGCAGCAACCUCAACAUGAUCUAACAUCUAUUGAAUGUGAAUAUUUUGAUUUAGUUAGCAAACGUUGGAUACCUUGUUUAUGGAUAUAUGAAAAAACAAAUCUUCUGAUUCAUCGAAUAUCAAGUGAAAAAUCCAUGAAAUGGAAAUCUCGUUUCACAAAUUCUUCGUCUACGCAAAAUAAUACCUAUCGAAAGGAGGCAAUAUUAAAUUCAAAUACAAUACUAUCCGAUCAGCAAUCAUUAAUAUACUCGUGGUUUAUUCAAGAUUUAUAUGUUUAUAUUGGUGCUGAUCGUCGUAUUGUAAAUCCGUUUGAUAUGAAUGAAUAUCGUACAUUAACGAUAUUAAAUGUUGAUUUAAUAAAUGAAACAACAUUUGGUACUGCAUUUCGUUUCAAUGGUCGCCAUCAGAUGUUUGCUUGGUAUUUGGAAUUAGUACGAAUAAAUGGACACGAUCAAUGGGCAAGACAAGCAUCACAUACGAUACCUGAUGGUGUUAACUAUUUACCAUUACAAAAUUAUCAUACACCAUCGGCAUCAUUGUUAUCAACGAGAAAAAAAUCCGAACAAAUAAAAACAAAAUUAAUUACGAAAUCAAGUUUUGUUGCGUCUAGUUUAGGCAAGCAAUUGCGAAAAUAA